GGAUCCGGUGACGCUUCUGCUCGGCGAGGACGACGCGAGCCCCACGAGAUCGAGGAGAUCACCCGCGAGUGGGGGCUCGACCAGCCCAUCAUCGUCCAGUACUGGCGGUUCGUGUCGCAGGCCGUCCAGGGAAACUUCGGCGAGUCCAUGCGUUACGGAGAGCCGGUGACCGAGCUCGUGAUAGAGCGGUUGCCGGCCACCGUGGAGCUGGCGCUGGCGAGUCUCCUGGUCGCCAUCGUCAUCGCGCUCCCCAUCGGCGUCUACUCCGCCAUCAAGCACAAUUCCCUGUGGGAUCAUUCGGGCAUGACCCUGGCGCUGGUGGGCUUAUCCGUGCCCAACUUCUGGCUCGGCAUCAUGCUCAUCUUCUUCCUGGGCGGCCAGUGGAAUCUGUUGCCGGUGGCGGGACGGCUGACCUAUGGCGUCGACGUCACGCCGGUGACCCAACUCAUGCUGGUGGACGCCUUGAUCGCGGGCGACCUCCCGGCUUUCUGGGACGCCUUCAAGCACAUCCUGCUGCCCGCCGUCACCCUGGGAACGAGCUUCGCCGCCAUCAUCACGCGCAUCUCUCGUUCCAGCGUGCUGGAGGUCAUCCGGCAGGACUACAUCACCACCGCCCGGGCCAAGGGAUUGAGUGAGCGCACGGUCAUCUGGAAGCACACGCUCCGGAACGCCCUCAUCACCAUCAUCACCAUCCUCGGCCUCCAGCUCGGCGCUCUCCUGAGCGGCUCGGUCAUCACCGAGACGGUGUUCUCCUGGCCCGGCAUCGGCAGCCUUCUCAUCCAGGCCAUCACCACCCGGGAUUACAAGCUGGCCCAGGGCGUCAUCUUGUUCUUUGCCAUGGUCUAUUUCUUCAUCAACCUGACGGUGGACCUGCUGUACACGUGGGUCGAUCCGAGGAUACGGCUGUGA